AUGCUUAUCAGGGUUCUUGGCACGCAGUCAGGGAUCGACCACUCGGGCGAGCUUUUCCGCGUGCUUCUGGAGCUGCGGUGCCAUACUGUGUACUCCGUAUGCGACACGGCAGACGGCCCAGACGGCGACCCGGCGGAUUCAUUCCCGACCAAGGCGGGCUUUCCAAUUGUUGACAUUGUGCUUGAUGUGACUUUUGAGACGUCCAAAGAAACGCUGAAGGCGGCGAGGAGGGCGGCAAAGCCUCGGCCGCGCCAGAAUGUUGCCCCCCCGCCAGCUCUGAAGCCCGAGACCCGGGUCGGUUAUAGAGUGCAACUGUCGGCCCUGAAGCAGAACUCAAAAUACUUCGACAACUUGCUCAGUGACACCAGGUUUGCCGAGGCCAGGUCGAUAGAGCAAGGCUUCAAGGAACUGUCCCUCAGAAACGUGAAGCCGUCAGAGGCCGACGCCGGCGAUCUCCCCGUGGUGAGAAUCCACGAGGAUGACGAGGCGACCCGGUCGGCCGGCCAUGUCUCGGUCUUUGAGGACCUGUUGAGGAUCCUGCAUAGGGAGCAGUCGACUUCCAAGGCCGUGAUAAUGCAUUACCUCGCGGUCCUUGCUGUGCUCGCCGACCGGUUUGACUGCCGUCCCGGGAUGACGGCCCUUCCAUAUCCAGGGCAGGUGAAGAGAUCCUCCGGCAAAAGAUCCUCGUCGGCCUGGCUGCUCGACCAACCCCUCAAGCUGCACGCGGCCACCCGCGAGCUGAUCAUGAGCGGCUCGCGGAGGUAG